AUGGGCGCUAGAAAGAGAAGCAAAAGCAGCACCAAGGAACCGCAGCUGACUCCGAGAAAGAAAACACAGACGACAUCCAAAGACCAAAGAAAAGAAAAAACAAAACAACAGAAACUAAAAAAAAAAACACUGAGAACAGAAAAAAACGAAAAUAAAAUGCCCACCAAUACACCGAUCACAUCCCAAAGCCAGGUCCAAGAAAAAACAAAACUGAAAAAACGAAAAACAAAAAAGGCAGAUAAAGAAAAUAUCAGAAGACAUUCAGAAUGCACAAAUGCAACAAUGGAAAAGAAUUGUAUUCCCUUAAAGCCUUCUAAUGAAUUAACCAAUUCUACUACAGCAACUGAAACACAUAAUUUUGAGGAUGAUAAUCAAACUCUGCAGUUGUUACCAAUUACAAAUGAUUCCCUAAAUCAAAAUAUGACACUAAGCCAGGCAUUUCAUCUUAAAAAUAAUGAUAAAAAGAAACAGAUAACUGCAGAAAAACCAAAGCAAGAUGCUAACAUGUUCAAGAAACCUGUACUAGGAUGUUAUCGUGGCCACAUUGUUCAGUCUAAAGUUAAUUCAUUCAGAAAACCUCUACAAGUCAAAGAUGAGAGUUCUGCAACAACAAAGAAACUUUCAACUGCUAUCUCUAAAGACACAAAGCCUAAGUCUGUGAACUCCAGCAGUGUAACAUUAAAAAGUGAUAGAGCCUCAAAUAUGACCACUACCACUACAUUUAUGAGCACUACAUCUCAGAACACACAACUUGCACGGCCUCCCAUUAGAACCCACAAUAACAUCCAGAACAGGGUAAAACAAGACAUCAGCAGAACCUCUGCCAAUGUCACUGUACGAAAAAAACCUCCUGUAAAAGGACUAUUACAAUCAAAAACAGUUCUACCUUGUGUCAAAACCAUUUCUCAGUACAUAAAAACAAGUAAGGCAUUAUCCCAAAACAUAGCAUCUGAACCUGUAGCCAGACCAGUUUCAUUUACUACUACUAAACCAGAGAGACAAAAUGAAAAUCCAGUUAGGUCCUUUUGGACCACCAUGGCAGAAGAGGAUGAACAAAGAUUAUUCACUGACAAAGUCAAUAAGACAUUUUCUGAGUGCCUGAACCUGAUUAAUAAGGGAUGCCCAAAAGAAGAAAUAAUGACCACACUGAAUGACCUGAUUAAAAAUAUUCCAGAUGCUAAAAAACUUGUUAAAUAUUGGAUAUGUCUUAUCCAAAUUGAAUCAAUCACAAGUCCUAUUGAAAAUAUUAUCUCAAUCUAUGAGAAGGCUAUUCUCGCAGGAGCUCAGCCUAUUGAAGAGAUGCGACAGACAAUUGUAGAUAUUAUAACAAUGAAGAAUCAAGAAAAAAGUAAUUGUGGAAAAAACAUUGAAGAUGCUGAUAGAACCAAGGAACAAAUCCAAGAAAUCAGCAUUGAGGAUACAGGUGUUAAUCUAGAGCCAGGAAAACCAGAAGUAGAAAAUAAACGUAUUAGAAAUGUGGUAUUUCAAGACUGUGAAAAACAGCAAGACGACAAAACAAAAGAUCCACCUGACAGUUUUAAAACUCCUGAUACAGAAAAUAGAUCAAGUUGCUUAAUUAAAUAUAACAUAUCUACUACACCAUAUUUGCAAAGUAUAAAAAAGAAGAUCCAACUUGAUGAAACAAAUUCUGCAUUUAAAGAGCUGAAGUUUCUAACACCAGUGAGACGUUCUCGACGUCUUCAAGAGAAAACUUCUAAAUUGCCAGAUAUGUUAAAAGACCAUUAUCCUUGUGUGUCUUCACUGGAACAGUUAUCAGAGUUAGGAGGUGAAACUGAUGCUUUUGUAUGCCGCCCUAAUGUAGCACUGUGCCCUAUAUUCUCCGAGACUGAUACCGCAGAGGAGAAAUGAAAUUCCAGAAGGGAGUGAGGGAUUUUAUUUUUCCUGGGGUGUUUUGUUGUGUGGCUUCAUAUUUCCCUUGAACCUGGAGUUGGCCAGGUACCUAAGUAUUCAUGGAAGUAAGAUCCUAUAUUGACAUUCAUAUCAUAGGAGUUGUUCAUCUAUGUGUGGAAAGCUAAUCCUAUUAAGUCAAUGUCAACAGACUGAGAUUUUCUUUAAAAUAAGUAAAUUUUAUCAGUUUGUCUACCAUGUUCCUUAAAUAUGAAUAGAUUUGUUAUAAUGUUAACUUGUUCACUUUAUUAAAUGUCAGUACCAUAAUGAUGCAUCAUCAGAAAAUGAGGUGUUCUAGAUAAAAUUUAUAUUACAUGGGCAUCUUUCAAAAAAUUAUGAUACAAUUCCCUGCCUUUAAACAAAAUACUGACAAUUCUUCUUUUUUUACCUUGAUUUGAUUAGCAUGAAAAUCAAAAUUUAGGGCUGAGAGCUAGGCAUAGUGGAACAUGCCUGUAAUCCUAGCACUCAAAAGGCUGAGGCAGGAAAAUUGUGAGUUCAAGGCCAGCCCGAGCUACUUAAUGAGACCCAGUAUCAAAAACAAAAAACCAAAAAAUUUGGACAGGGAAUAAAUCUCAGUGAUAAGAGUGCAUGCUUAGCAUGCCUGAGGUCCUAUGUUCAAUACCUAACAUCAAACAAAAAAAAAGUAAAAAAUUGUAAUGUGUAGAGGUAAUCCCUUAAGUAUUAGAAUAUACAGGGUUUAGCUUACUUUUCCACCAAACUCAUGUUAUUCAGACUGCUGUGCUCUGCUGCAUCCCUUGACCAGCCUAUGGCUCUUCUGUCUCUUCCUCUGUGACAGUCUGUAUCUAUUGUUUUUGCCUCUGUCUCUUGAUUAUAACUGAGUUUGCAAAGGAAAGAUAGUUAAUUGGCUAUAAUUGGAUACCCUAUGUCUAACUGAGGUAUUUCUUGAAGUGUAAGAGCAAAAAAAAAGGUGCCAAAUUUAGUGGAUAAUAAAAACUUUACAUCUAAUCAGAGUUUUUUUGUUCUAUUUUUUGCAGCUUGGUUGACAAUGUUAAAAUUUUAACUUUUGUGACUUCAUUUGAUAGUUUAUAAACUAUAUUAGAGUUUGGGAAUGAAAUAUGCAUUUAAUCAUUGUAGUUUAGUUAGCAUUUCUAAAAUAACCAAUAUUUACACUUGCUUUCUUCUCCAUAAUAUAAAACCUUCACUGUUAAAUCAUGUCCACUGGGACAUGAUUAUGGCAUACAGUAAAGUUUUCCCACAAAUACCACCAAUAAAAUUGUUUUAUAAGAUUCAAACUAAUACUUAAAUGGCAUGCAUCCUCUAUCAACUCUACAGUUUCAAAUAAGUGAAUACUAAAAGAUCAGUUUAAUAACUACAUAUGAAAUACGAAUCUAAAGAACACAUACUUAGUCUUAUGUUCAUUCUGUUUAUUAAUUGUCUUCUCAUUCUAAGAGUAGGACUUUUAUUCCUAAUAUGUGUACCUAAUAUGUAUACAAUAAAAAUAUCUAUACAGUGAAAAAAAAAA